AUGGUUGUAACACAGUUAUUAAAGUGUUUUGUUCUUUUGUUUUUCACUUUUGUGUUCAAUUUGUUUACCGCUCCUGCUUGUGCCCUCAACAUAGGAGCUGAAACCACUGGAGUAGCUGUUUCUGUUAGCAAAGAGUGUAGCAGACAAUGUGAGUCCAGUUUCUGCUCAGUGCCUCCAUUGUUGAGAUAUGGAAAGUAUUGUGGACUUUUGUAUAGUGGAUGCCCAGGUGAAAAACCUUGUGAUGGCCUUGAUGCUUGUUGUAUGAGCCAUGAUCAAUGUGUCACAGCCAAAAAUAAUGACUACUUGAGCCAACAGUGCAGCCAAACAUUCAUAGAUUGCAUGGAGAAAUUUAAGAACACAAAGGCUCCUACAUUCAAAGGAAACACAUGUCAAGCAGAUGAUGUUAUUGAAGUAAUCAAGAUAGUCAUGGAAGCUGCUUUACUGGCUGGAAGAGUUUUACACAAGCCCUAA